AUGGCAGGUAGGCUUCUUCAAGUAGGCACCAAGAUCAUCGAUGUCAGCAGAAACUACACCGCUCACGCCAAAGAGCUUGGCAAUGCCGUCCCCAAGGAGCCCUUGAUAUUCCUCAAACCGACGGUGUCUUACUUGGAGAAUGGAGGCACAAUCGAAAUCACUCACCCUCUUAAGUCGUUGGACAAUGAGGUCGAGAUGGCCGUCAUUAUAGCCAAGAAAGCUUGCGACGUUCCUCAGAGCAAGGCCAUGGACUACGUUGGUGGUUAUACACUUGCUCUUCAUAUGACUGCCAGAAAAAUUCAAGCUACUGCUUGAUAGGCUUAUUUCCUCUCGCAUUCUGCAGGGCUUCCAUGCACCAUAGCAAAAGGGCAGGACACCUUCACACCAAUCAUGUCUUUGGUAAGUGUUGUGUUGCAUUUUAGCACCAUUCUUAUUUUGAAUGAACCGCAGGCUGGAAACAAGAGACAAUACAUUGUUACAAGGUUCAAUUAUGCUACUAUGAAGACCCAAAAGCAGCUUUCUACUCAUGUACCAGGAGCUUAA